GACCUCAAGGACUGCGUGCUCGGCCACGGCGUGAGCGGCGUCGUUCGGCUCGCGGAGCACCGCGAGAGCGCUGAAAAGUACGCCAUCAAGACGCUCAGCAUCAGCGCUUCGAAUCUCAAAAAGGCGUACAUGUCGCGCAACGAGGUCGACACCUACUUGCAGCUCGACCACCCGACAAUCGUGCGGCUGGUCGACGUCUUCGAGGACGCCGAGAAAGUCUACAUCGUCAUGGAGUUCUCGAGCGGGAACGAGCUGUACGACCAGCUGAUCAACGAGAAAUUCCUCGACGAGUACCGCGCGAAAAAGCUCAUUUUGCAGAUGCUCGAGUGCGUGGUCUACUGCCACAACAAGCGCAUCUGCCACCGCGACAUCAAACUCGAGAACUGGGUCUACUCGAACCAGAAGCUCAACCUCGUGAAGCUGAUCGACUUUGGCUUUAGCCGCACCUUUUCCUCGAACGUGCCGAUGACGGCCAUGCACGGCACAAUCUACUACGUCUCGCCGGAGGUGAUGGACGGCUGCUACCGCGAGAAGUGCGACAUAUGGUCGAUCGGCGUGAUUCUCUACAUGGUGCUGAGCGGCAAGCCGCCGUUCACCGGGAACGCGGACUACCAAAUUCUGCUGCGGAUCAAGAACAACCUGUACGACUUCAAAGGCCCCGUCUGGAACAAAGUGUCCGCGGAAGCCAAGGAGUUCAUCAAGCUGCUGUUGCAGCCCUCGCCCGCGGAGCGGCCGUCCGCGCGCGAGGCGCUGCAACACCGCUGGCUGCGAAACGUCACCGAGGAGACGCUCUCGCAACUCGUUCGCAAACUGCUUGAGACGAUAUUUUGUCAACGUCUGAUCGAUGAACUUUUAGAGUAA